UUUUCGCACAGUCUCCAUGACCGAGGUAUAAAUGGCGGACUGUUUUUAUGAAAGGGGGUCGAUCAUGAUAAUUUGAUACUUGUCAAAAGUAGAAAAAUAAAAUGAGUGUUUUGUUGUGACUGGUCCCAAUAGUGUUUCUAAACGUUUCUAAUAAUCGUUGACAAUGUCAGAACACUUUUGGGAACCACUCGCCGAAAUUUAUAUCGCCGAACAGUCCGAUGUUCCGGAGCCCGACAGCUAUAUUUACUGUCUCUGCAGCAGAGUCUUUAUUCGGAAUCCAGAAGUUUACACCGUUAUUGCCCAAGAAGAUCCAAGCGAGGGUGAAGAUGCAGAGAGUGAUUUAGUCGGUGAAAUGCUGGAUCUUCACAAAAGAACCUGCAUAGAAACUCAAUUUGCUGAGAAACACGAUGAAGAACCAUUGAGUUGUUAUUGCAGCGCAUCUCACACAGACAACAAUUAUUCGACGGACGAACAUGACUCGGUGCGUGAUUCUGCAAAUCGUCCAGCGAAUCAGUCUUUGACACAAAAAUUGGGUCUUCAUCAGUCAGAUUCUGGUGCAGAUUUGUCCGAGUAUCAUGACCAUCAUGAGGCGAAGAGUAUUCACGGGCUUUUGGCGACGUACGAAAAGUCGCUGGACACCGGGGUGGACAAGUUAUCGGAGGAGGCAACGAACACGAGAAAUUUCACAAAUUAUCGUGAGACUUGUGACUUGAGUUCGGAGGCGAUAGAGUGUGAGUCGAUCGACAAAUUACUAUGCGGUGAAUCGGCAUCAAAUGAUCAUAAUUACCCCGACGAAUCAGCAAAACGGCCGUCAUUUACCUUAGGCGAAACAAAAAAAACAUCCAGUCAAAGUCCACGAAAGAAUUUGCCAAAGGAAACAAGGCAAAUAAGAGACAGCGGAGAAACGAUGAACGAGUCUGCAAAUGACGAAAAAAUCGAGUACCCGAUAUUGAGAAAAACAUCAUUUGAAUUAGCUUGGGAAAAAUUUUGGUCCGAACACGGUGAACAAUUAAUUUGGGCGUCAUGGAUCGAGAAAUACGUCGAUUAUAUAAAUCCAGGUUAUUUACCACAAGACUGUCAAAUGACGGAGACUGAGAGACUUAACAUCGAAGCUAAAGAUCGCAGCAGCGAAAAAUUUCCCGAGCAGAACACCUGCUUCCCUAAUCAAGCGCAUAAGAAUUGUGAGCUCGGUCGUUCCAGUUUCGCAGGAAUAUUUGGUAAAAAUGGAGACAAAGAGAGUGAAUCAAAGGUUAAAGACACAUCGGGGAACACCAAUUUCACUUUCGAAAACACACAAUCAAGCAGCAUUGUCGAAGGGGAGGCCGAAGCCCACCGUACGAAAAUGCCGAAUCCUGAAAUAUCACCCGAAGCUGGGGAAGGCUGGAACCCUUUGAGCCCGUUCAGCGCCGAAGAAAGUUUCGCUCAACAAUCCUCAAACGGUGGUGAAGACGAGAGGCUUAUCGCUAUUUCACGCUGCGAUUCGUUGAACGGUUCUAUCGCCAAAACUAACGCGACUUCCGACUCCAUGACCAACGUUACUAAAAUGACCCUCACAAGCUCAAGCUUUGAUUCUAAUUCCGCUCAAUCAUUCAGUCUCGUAAGUUCGAUAACAAGCUCGAUCGAAAGCAACGUAACGAGUAGCAGCUCCGAUCAGGAACAAGAUUUGAUAUCCGAGGACAACGACAAAUAUUGGCAGCACCUGUGGAAGGAAAACUUCCAAUCGCAAUAUCAGCUCGAGUACGAUAAAUUUUUGUUGAGGUAUUACAAGGAACACGGUUACUUGAUGAACGAAUUAGUCAACAUUAACGACUCGGAAAUCGUUUCUAAAGACAAAUCGAAAAUUAAAAUUUUACGAAAAAAUGAUACUUCCAAACGCAACUCCGGGACCGGGAACAAAAAAAAGAUGAUCGUUGAAUCCGUUGGCGCUCUCAUGCAAAAUUUAACUAUGCAAAGCGAUGAACAGCCAAUGGAAAAUGAUCACGAUGAUAGUGGUUCACAACAAACUCAGGAUAUCCGUAGACACGAAGAAUUUUCCACCUUGCAUAAUAGCAACAGCACCGACACCAAUGUUCAUUCUAAUAACGGCAAUAUCAAUCGUAGAUCUUCGAGUGGGGGCGACGGUGAGAAACCAAACGAUGAUAAACCCAUCACCCUCAAACGGAGCCACGAAGCGGACUGCGACGGAAACGAAGAGGGUCUCGAAACUGUGAAAAAAGCCUUUUCCUUGAUGGGCUAUACCUUCAACGAGAAUCAAAAGCAAACGAAAUUGCAAGGAGAGGUCGUGUACAGGAAGCGUAAUAUCAGAUUACAAAAUCGACAGCUCAAAAUGAAAGUCAGUAGAUCGAAACCCACGAAUAAGCACACGUAUUUCGAUGACAACGGUGUCGAAAUAACUGACACGAUAGAUAAGGUGAAGCAAUAUCUUUCUUACUGUCCAAUCGCACUUCCAAACGAAACGGAAUUAAAGCCGAAUGAAAAUGGUUCCUACACAAAAGCACAAUUUACAUCGAGCUCCGACGAGGAUUGUGAUCCAGGUUUAACGACCAAGUUGCACGCCAAGAGGCUGGUAUUUAGUAAACCGAGCACAAGCUCGUCGGAAUCCAAGCCAGAAAUACUUGGUUUGAAUGACACGUGCAAUAUUCCACUCGAACCCGAUGAGGUGUUUGAUUCGUCAAUCGUCACAACCGAGAAUCGAACAGAUUUCAUAACGAGCCCGCAAAACGAGAUGAGAAAUCAAGCUGAUAUGGAAAUCGAUGCUAAAUAUAGUAACGAACUUGUCACCACUAAAACAUCUGACGAAGAUAGCGUCAAAAAAACACUCAAGAAACGUCGUAGAAAGCAAAAUAAAAGAAACGUCAGUUUGCCUGCCGAAGUCGAUAAUGAUAAGGAAUUGAUGAAAUAUUGGGUAAAAAGAUAUCGCUUGUUCAGCAAAUUCGAUCAAGGAAUCCAAUUGGACCGGGAAAGUUGGUUUUCCGUGACACCAGAAAAAAUAGCAGCGCAUAUCGCUGAAAGAUGUCGAUGCGAUACUAUCGUCGAUGGUUUCUGCGGUGCCGGUGGCAACGCAAUUCAAUUUGCUUUCACGUGCGAAAGAGUUUUCGCAAUCGACAUCGAUCCUAAAAAGAUUGAGCUCGCUCGCAACAACGCCAAGGUUUAUGGAGUCGAGGAUCGAAUAGAAUUUAUCGUCGGUGACUUUUUCGAACUUGCUGAAAAAUUGAUAGCCGACGUCGUCUUCCUGAGCCCACCUUGGGGCGGCCCAGGAUACGCGAAGGACGAAACCUUUGAUCUAGGUAACAUCAUGCAUCCGAUUGGUGGUCGGCGAUUGUUCAAAACGGCAAAGCGUAUCUCCGAUCACAUCGCGUAUUUUCUUCCUAGAAACAUCGAUACUAUACAGCUCGCUAUGCUAGCUGGCCCUGGAUGUGGCGUCGAGGUCGAACAAAACUUUUUAGAUCGAAAGCUAAUAGCAUUGACGGCAUACUACGGUGAGCUUCCUCGAGACUGUUGAUUUCAUUUUUGUAAUAGAAACCAGGAGAAUAAAAAAUCAACGAGGGUAUAUCGAGCUACGAAGGAGCGUGCGCACUUUCCGUGAGAAAGGAAGUUGAGUAUAAUCGGACUGGUUUGUACAUAAAAAUAAAGGAAAAAACGAGAGAACAGAGAACAGCAAAAAUGAAGGACCGUAUCGAUUUUUUGAGGGUGUCAUUCGUUAAAAUGUCCAAAGCUCGAUACUUUAUAAAUGAGUAGAUAUUUUGAAGCAGUUACUAAAAUUCAGCGAAAUCGCAAAGCCGCGAGUAGAAUUUCCGCAUUGAAUAAAAACUUUAUUUUUCCGCGAAUUUUCCUUUCUUUUUCGUUCCAAACGACGAAUCGAUACGGUUGCAUUGAAACGUUGAAUAAAGGUCCCGAUUAAAAAAUAUUUGUUGCAUUGCCAUCUGCAAUCAUUUAUAUUCGAAACUUCUGUCGUAAACGUUGUAAGCAUUUAAAGCUCAAAAAUCAGGUAAAGAAUAACCCGAGAAAAAAGUACGUGUACAUGUCAGUUAAGUUCGCUCGGAUCUCGAAACUCUUCCCUCUCAACUCUGUAAAAUAAUUCCUUCUCCAUUUGACUCACUUCUGCGAUUCUCUCGUAAUCCUAAGAUCAUGGAAUUCAUAGCAUUUCUUCUCUUAUUUUCUUUCAUUAUUUUUUUCACCCGUUUUUAUUCGAAACGACGAUGAAACUAUAUUAUUUUACAGCUUUUAUGUACACUUAUUUACUAAUUAUCGUGAAUAAAUACAUUCGAAACACAA